ACAAUAAACUACUAGAUUAACAUGCUUAUCUUGAUUGGGAUAGGCUUAGCCUACUUGUCUCUCAGUCUCCACCUGAAGAUUAGUCUCGACCUUCCCUUAUCUACUACCACCGCUCUUUUUCCACCUCGGCACAAAAUCGCGGUCCGGUGCUAGUUUCUUAGGGUUCGGCCAACUGCCUUUUUGAUGCCGCCAAGACUAAUCCAUGCAUCGUCUGAGUACUUCGAGCCUAUGCCACAGUUCAGCCACGCUGCAUCCUGAAUUUCGAACGCUUGAGGGGACCAGCAGGCCUAACCAGGGGGAGUCGUAGGUUUGACCUACCAUGAUUUGUAUCGGCAUUUUGCCCUGAGGUCGGCUCCCACGAGGAUGCUUGCUCGACUUCCUAGAAUCCACCCCAGCGUGGCAUCCUCCUCUUCGUCUACUCAUGCGUUCCUCUUUCUAAGGUUGUAAUAUUCUCAUGACCUAUACCAGCUUGCCUCCGGGCAUCUCCCCGCCUUUGGCGGAGAACAAUGCCCACAACCAUACCGGGCUGAUCAUCAUCUUCGCAAGCGUGUGUCUUUUCCUGGUCCUCAGCUCACUGGCCAUGCGCGUCUACGCAACGACGCAGCGGUCGAUGGCAUUGAGCGAUGACUAUCUUCUGGGGGUUGCAGUGGCAGUCGCCAUCGCGCAAAUAAGUGUCGUUCUCUACCAAACGCACCUAGGCUGGGGAAAGAGCUCCGAACUCCUCGACCAAUCCAGCACAGAGAGAAUGGACAAGAGCGCAUACGCCUCCGACCUGCUCUACCUCAUUGUCCUCGGCCUCUCCAAAUGCUGCACCAGUCUUCUAUACCAACACCUGACCACUCACGCAGCUCGCUGGAUCCCACGCAGUCUCUUGGGUGUGUCCAUCAUCUGGACAAUAGUAUCAAUCAUCCUCAUCGGGAUCCGCUGCAGCAGGACCCAACCAUGGACCGACAUCAACGACAAAUGCCGCAGUCUACAACCCCACUGGACAGCAACCACCGCCCUGGACAUCCUCCUCGAAAUCCUCCUAUUCAUCUACCCCAUCAAACUAAUCUACAGCCUCCGACUCCGCCGAUCCCGCAAACUAACCGUUCUCUCCCUCCUUGGCAGCCGGGGAAUCCUCCUCAUCCCCCUAACAACCAUCCACUACCGCACCCUCCUCACCCAACUCCACUCCCCGAACCCAACCCUCCAAGCCUCCACCCCGACCAUCCUAAAAGAACUCUACCUCGCCACCAGCAUCCUCCUUCUCACCCUCUCCUCCUUCAAGAUGUUGAUCGCCGUCUACGAGGACGACGACGGCCUCGCCUAUUACACCAGUGACGGCGGCGCCCACAACAGCAAAUCCCGGCACCAGAACACGACCAGGAAGACGCGGGACGGUGGCGGUUUCCGCUCGUCGAAGCACUAUACCACUAAAAUACCCCGCAGCGGUCUGCAAGAGGGUCGGGGUUACAGUACUGAUGGCACUGGUGGUGGUGGUGGUGGUGGUGAUACCAUCGAGGAGGAGCCGAUCCUGGGGCGCCAUGCCUGGGGCGGUCAGCAGCAGCUGGGGGUGACGGGGAUGGGGAUUCGGAAGGACGUGCAGAUUGAGGUGACGAGUGAGGUGGUCAUUGAGUUGGAGGAGCGGAGGGUUGACGAUCAGGAUGAGGGGGAUGAUACUAGGAGGGGCGAGUCACGCGGCAGUGGGAGUGACUCGUACAAUCUGGCGGGUGAGGGUGGACAUGCUCGUCCGAAUCACCUUGCUGGGAGGAUUGGGGGUGCUGGCGCAGCAGGGUGGAAGAGGGAUAGCAGUGGGAGGUCCUCUGAAAGGUUCUCUGAAAGGUUCAGUGGGAUUUAGCGUCGGCGGAUUGGCCUCGCCGGGCUUCUGCCGUAAGUAGAUUCUCGCUGGAAGGGCAUUCUCUAAGAACUACAAUUCGAAAGUUGGGCUAUUCUCUGUAUUCCAAUCCUGCCUCGUGCUGUCGCUCGAUGGGAAAGUAUAGAACAGUACCUGAACUACGGAGCAGAAAUCGACGAUAUCAUGUAAAGCUUCAGACCAGAAGCGUGACUUGGGCUGUUGAAGAAUUACCCACACUUACAUGUUACUAAAAUAGAAAAAUGG